CCGGCUGAGCCUUGCCCCAGAGGUCUCCUCCGGCUCUGCUCAGCUGGGGGAGGACAAUGGCAGGCGGGUCCCCUGCCCCCUUAGCAGCUGCCUGGAGGGAGAAGCCAGCAGGAAGAGCCCGCCGGGUGUGGUCUGCACCCGACCAACGUGGGCACUGCUUGGAGCUCUGGGCUUGUCUCCUGGGACCGGGAGUGCCCUGCCUCAGAACACGCUCCCUACCUGCCGUCCCGAGCGCAGAACCUCGCCACCACAGCCGCCACAGCCGCCACGGCCGCGGACACGCUCAGCCCAAGGCGGAGCCUGCAGGGGGCCUUGCCGCAGAGGGUGAGCCUGGGCUGGCCAGGCUGGGGAGGUGGGGGCGUCGCCAUGGUGACCAGCAACUUCCAGGGCCUCCCACCUUGGAGGCCCCUCUAGGGGCUCAGCAGCUGGCCCCUGCAGCCUGCCCUCCGCAGGACCCUCGCCGCACGUCCCCCUAGGUACCCGCCAAGAGCCGCUCUGGAGAGGUACCCCGAGAACCCUGCUGCCCCGUCCCCGGGAUCUGAAGAGCAGGACCCUGGCUCCCUUUCCCGUAAGUGGACGUUGACCCGGCGCGGAGGACCGGCUAAGUCAGCGCACGAAGCCACCGCCCCAGCUCCUGGCACGUGGGCUCACCAGCGGGUAUUGGUUAUAGCCACCGUCCUGAUCAGACCAGGAGGGCCAGUGCUGUCCCCGGGCACUGAGAGGCGGAGGGUCAACAGACCACGGGGGGUGCCCGGCCUCCAGCACCCGCUGUGACUUUUUCCAUCCCUCCAGCGCCUCUGUGGAAACUGCCCCCAGCUUUCAAAACCCAGCCGGAGCGCCCCAGAUUCCAACCCCAGCCAGAGCACCCCGGAUUCCAACCCCAGCCAGAGCGCCCCGGAUUCCAACCCCAGCUGGAGCACCCCGGAUUCCAACCCCAGCCGGAGCGCCCCAGAUUCCAACCCCAGCCGGAGCGCCCCGGAUUCCAACCCCAGCCGGAGCGCCCCGGAUUCCAACCCCAGCCAGAGCACCCCAGAUUCCAACCCCAGCCGGAGCACCCCAGAUUCCAACCCCAGCCGGAGCGCCCCAGAUUCCAACCCCAGCCGGAGCGCCCCGGAUUCCAACCCCAGCCGGAGCGCCCCAGAUUCCAACCCCAGCCGGAGCGCCCCGGAUUCCAACCCCAGCCGGAGCGCCCCGGAUUCCAACCCCAGCCGGAGCACCCCAGAUUCCAACCCCAGCCGGAGCACCCCGGAUUCCAACCCCAGCCGGAGCGCCCCGGAUUCCAACCCCAGCCGGAGCGCCCCAGAUUCCAACCCCAGCCGGAGCACCCCGGAUUCCAACCCCAGCCAGAGCGCCCCGGAUUCCAACCCCAGCCAGAGCACCCCGGAUUCCAACCCCAGCCAGAGCGCCCCGGAUUCCAACCCCAGCCAGAGCACCCCGGAUUCCAACCCCAGCUGGAGCGCCCCAGAUUCCAAAGGUCUCCACCCUCCCUGGCUCGGGGUCACGCUGACCCACAGUCCAGGUGCCCCCUGUGGUUGGCCUUUGACAGCAGCCGUGUGUGGACACGCCUCCUGUCCUGGAGACAGCCACUUCCUCCUACCCAGAACCUCCGGGGCACCGUGUGUUCCACAUAAUGCGUGUUCAGCCGAUAUUUGCUAAAGAUACAUUAAGCGAAGAAACGAGUUAUGUGCCUGAAAUAACCAGCAAGGUGCAGCCAGGGGGAGUCCGGAGCUGGGGACUCUGGGCUCUCACAGUGGACCUGGACUCAGCCGAGGGGACUCUGGGAAUUGUCCAUAAUAAGCAGCAGCUGCAUGUUUGAGCACCUGCUGUAUGCCCGAUGCCAUUCUAAAUGACACAGAAUAGCGUGUGGAGUCUUCGAACCACCUGGUGAGCUCUGUUCUGAUUCACCAACUCAGGAUUCCAGCUUCAGAGGCCGAGGUGAGGACUGGCCAAAGGUGCCCAAGACCUGCGUGGUUGUAAGCAACAGCGUCGACCUCACGGGGCUGCGGGGAGCCUCGAAUGAAGUCCCCACACCCAACAGUGGGCACGGCGCCAGCCGCACACCCACCCACGGCAGUGCGGAGGAAGGACAGGCCCAGGGUCCUCUGUGGCACCCACAAAGGGGUCGCUGCAGUGGAGGCGCUGGGGCGGCCCCCCACGGGCGUGUUCCUGCAGCACACCCGGGAGCGAGCUGGGCUCCUCACACAGGCAGCUCGGACGCCCGUGUCCUCGCGGCCACCCCUCUGCACGAAGCGCUCGUCCCGGGGAACAAAGCCACCCGGACGGAAGACGUUCGUAGGCUGAAUCUGCAGCUGCUCCUACGUUCCCCUCCGGAGACCGGGUGACCCGUCUCGGGCCGUGGGUCCAUCGGCACACCCACGAGGCCACGGCCAACGUUCACGAAGCUGGUCAGCAGGCCACUUUCAGGCACACAGCCUUGUUUCUGGCAGAAUAAGCCCUGGGUGUCACUGGAGUUGGGGGACUGACCUGCUCGCUGGCCUUCUUGGACGGUCGGCUCUUGACCGGGCUGCUGAGCAUCGCUGGGGCAGAGAUGGGGGACGCCCAACACACCAGCUCUGCUGAAGGGCCUUAGGGAAACCAGAGACGCCGUCGACCCGGAGGACAGCGACCCACGCAACGGAGAGCUGGCGUGCCCCGGGACAGGACCACCCCAUGGCCACCUGGGCCCAGCCGGACUCUCCGACCUGGCCCUUGUCCAUGAGGCGAAGGCCUCCUCCCCAUGGCACCUCUAAAACUGGAGAGGCCUGUUUCCCAAGCAUGGCUAGGAAUGAGGAGGUGUGGGACGGGGGGCACCGCGGGGACCUCGGGCGCGGGCAGGGAGGCCCUGCUGCUGAGGGCACUGCGGGGGGCCAGCCCUGGCCCUGGCGGCCAGUGUGCUGAGGGGUUGUCCCGGUAACACCCGCCUCCCGGCCAAGGUCAUGCCCCCCUUCAGGGCUGCUCCCGGGACCGACGGGCGCAGGACACACAGGCUGAUCCCCGCCUUGCUGGGGCCCAGGGUGUUCCCGGCAAAGGCCCCCCUGCUGUGUGCUGGCCCUCCUUGGGACCACUCUGUCACUCUCCCUCCACCAGUGGGACUUCCUUCCCUCCCCUCCCUCUGCACCUCCCAGGAGAACCCUCUGACCCCACUCUGGAGUCUCCUUCAGGGGCACCCAACAGGCAAAAGGAAGGAACGGUGGAGCUGCUAGGGGAGGGGACGCUUCCCUGGACAGACAGGUUCAGGGGGAAGCACCCACCUGUCCUUCAUGGAAGCGUUGGGGACACUGACCUCCAGGAGGAAAUGGAGGCCCAAAGGCAUGGCCGGAUCUGUUUCCAGGCUUCUUUCCAAUCUCGAGAGUCCAGGUGCCCAGCAAGGGGGCUCCAAUGGCAAGUGGAUUCUGUGGCACUCGAGAUCCUUUAUGGUUGGGGUCAGCUCAGCUCGAACCAGAGCAAAGGCAGCUGCUCAGGGGAACUUUAUGGCACUCACAACAGUCCAACAGCUGGAAGAGAUUUUACAUCAUUUGUAACGAAGAGCCAAAAGUCCCUCUUCCAACCACUGGACCCCAGAACCUCACCGGAGCUGGUCGGCCAAGAUCCAGGCACCUUCUUCCGUGGCUGCGGUUCAUCCCCAGCUGGAGGAAAGAUUUGGAGGACCGCCAAGGAAGCCUCUGCAGAGCAUCGCAGGGAGCCAAGCGAGAUUACAACAUCUGGGGCCACGGCUGAACAUCUAAAGGGGCAGAUUGCUCGGAGAGGUGAUUUACCCGAGACCUGCGGGGGAGGCCUCGUGGGCUGGGAGAAGGAGCCAGGGAAGGCUGCUCGUGAGUCAGAACCGGCCCAAGCCAAGACGCCUUCGCUGGGCCUCGCGGUUUUCCUCCACGGCCUACUGAUGAGUCAGCUAUCAAGUCUCAGACGCCUUCAGAGGCCAGGCGGGGAAUACGAAUGUGUGAAGGAGGUUGGGUGAGACGUUCAACCACUUUGAAGACCAAAAGGCUUUUGGCAGGUGUACAGAAACCUCACCUGCCAGCAGAAGCAGCCUGCGCUAUCUGGAGAGAUAUGCUGGAAGUUGGCAGUGGUCCUUUUGCCCAGGGCCAGAUGGUAGGUGAUGCAGGCCUUGAGAGCCACCAGGUCUUUGCCACACCACCCAACCCCACUCAGCAGUAAGGUGCCCCGAGGAGUGGACCAAGCGGGGCUCCCAGGACCCCAGGGUUGCUGCUCGCCCCGCUGCAUGGUAGUUUGCUGGUCCCUGGUCCCUGGUCCCUGGUGCGUCCCAUUUAGCAGGAAUCGUUCACAGGUUUUGCUGCAGAAAUAUUAAUGGCCGAUGACUCAGCCCCUCUGGGGUCACGGUGGACAGAGUAGGGUGCAUGAAGAUGCCGUGUGCUUCUCCCUGGAGCCUGUGAACACGUGACCUUACACGGCCAAAGGGACUUUGCAGGUGUGAUUCCAUGUCGGAGCUCGAGCUGCAGAGGGGACCCUGCAUUAGCAGGUGGGUCCCAACAGGAGGGCGUGAGAUCGGAGUCAGAGAGGGUGGGAUGGAGGAACCGUGGGGACGGGAGCAGAGGUCAGCCAGGGGCGUGUGGAGGUGCUGUGCUUCUGCUCGGAGGCAGGGCACAGGCCAAGGACCCAGGUCCCUGUGGAGUGGGAGACACCUGGGGACAGACACUGCCCGACCUUGGGCGAGGGCCUCCCGACCUCUAGACCUGCAGGAUGGUCCAUCCGUGUCGUGUGCGGCUGUGACAUUCGUGGCUACUUGUGGCAGCUUGUUCGGGUAAGGAGAGAAAUGAAUGUGGAGGUGCAGUGUAGGGUGUACGCAGUGACUUUCCUCUCCAAAAUAUAAGAAUUGUGAAUUUGAAGAUGCACAUUGGCUUGUAGGUUCAUAGCUGAUGGUUUUGAGCCAGAUCUUUCAGCCCUUGAACCCCAGUUUUUCCAGCUGAACAGGGGCAGUGGGCAGUCAGCCAGGGCAAUUCAACUGGGAUUUAGAAACUUCUGGAAAGACCCAAGCAAAGAGUUUGCCUCAAGCUAUCCCAUUGUCUCUCAAACGGGGUGGAGAUUGGAAGAAGAACCCCAGAAACAAUUUCAACCCAACAGGGAGCCUGUGGGUAAUACAGACGUUUCAGAAGAAACUAACUCUGUGGCCUUUCAAGGGUCCACUGGAAGCCCCUGGCUAUCCUGUGAGCGCCUCUAGGGAUUCCGGACCCUCCAGCAGUAACCGUAGCCUGGGCACUUCCUGUGGGCUCCUCCAGGUCCCCUGAGCCCUUCUCCACUGGCUUUGCCCCUAGGGCUGCAGUUUGGAUCUGCAGCUGUGCGGGAGUGUGGUCUCCAGCUGACCCUGGGAGGUGGUGGGGCGGUAGGAGGCAGGGCCUAGUGGAAGAAAGUGAGGCCAUGCCCUCAGAAGGACAUCAGGCCAGCAGCCACUUCCCCUCUCUGGCCGCUUCCUGGUUGCCAUGAAGCGAGCAGCUUUACCCAUCACAUGCUCCCCACCAUAUCAGCCUGCCUUGCCACAGGCCCCAAAGCCACCCAGCCAACCACAGACAACAUGUGACCUCUGAACCCAAGUAAACCUUCCUCCCCAUAAGCUACUUAUCUCAGGUAUUUGGUCCCAGCAAUAGAGAGCUGCCUGAUACACCUAGGAUGCCCCGCUCCUGCAUCACCUCCUGGCUUCCCUUGUGCUCUGGGUUCUCAGGACUGGACCACCUGGAAGCACCCACAGAGGACAGCUGAGGAAGGAAAGAGAAGGUGGGCAGGUGUGAUGUCCCAGCUCCUCCCUGAGGGCCACUGCAGGUGGGUGACACUCUUUUUACAGCUCUUCCAACAGCCCUGUCGACAUGGCUCUCUCCAGCUCCUGGCUCUGGGGACCGCUGCCCAUCUCAGCCUUUGUGACCGAGAGGUGGUUGUGACACUAGGUAGCUGCACUGUCCCUUCUGGAGUCCCUGCCCCUGCUCACACUACAUAAGCAUUCCCUUUAUGAGGCUCUGCCCAGCUCCCCAGCUGGUCUCCCGUUGGCUUCCUGCGGGGACCGUCGCUGACGUACAUGACAUUGUCCUUACUGAGCACUUAGUCUCUGCUCUGCCAUCACUAUGUCAUUUAACUGCCCACGAAUCCCACGAAGCGGGUAUUAUUAGUGCCCCUUAUGGCUGACGCACCAGAACCUCAGAGAAAUCAGUCACAGGGCUGGAAAAUCACAGGCCAGGAAUGGCCCCAGCCCGUGUGAGCGCAGGCUCCGACUUGAACCCACGCACGUGAUCGCUGUGCACCCGCAAGUCUUCCGCGAGACUCAGCACUUCACGGACCUGUUCGGUUGCCCACCCCCGCUCUGCCCAGCACCAGGAGUGACACAGCAGCUCCGUGCCUGGUCUACACCCGCAGAGGGGGCCCGUGUUCCUGCUGGAAGUGCGCUCGCUCGGCUGCUGGGAUCCGUCCUGUGUCAGGAGCUGAAGGAUUUUGAAAAUGUUGAGUCAUUGGUGAGCUGUGGAGGUGGCAGGUGGGCCAGGAACCAGAAAGAUCCACGCAGCAGGUGUGCUGAAAUACCACCUCGCACCCGGGCGCGUCUCAUCUCCAGCGAGCAGGUGGCGACACAGGCGCUGUGAACACUGACCUUUGAGACUGAGAGCCGGCGUCCACAGAAGGGUGUCAGCUCAGCCUCAGUGAGCAGCUGAUGUGCACCAGGGGAUAAAAUUUUUGUCCACCAAAUUAGAGCCGCCAGAGACCUUUAUCUUCAAACUGGCGGUUCCGUAAACCCUAGGCCCCUCUUGGUGCCGUCACAGAUCUUUGUGGCCUCGAAUUUCUUUUUCAAGACCUCCUUGAAAGUCAUGGGCUUGACCUCUGGACUCGGUUUAGCAAGUCCUUAAAUCUACCUCAUCCCACGGGGACCCGGGGUGGAACUGCAUGAACUUAGCAGUGGAUUUCAGUGAGACCGUCAUUUCCAACAAACUGGCUAACCUGAGCAAAGAGGAGCUCACUGAAAAGUCAAGUUGUAGCAGUAUGUGCAGGAGGCUCGGACGGUGCCUGGGGAAGAGGUGUCAGACGCACAGGACCCAAGGAGGCUUCCCAAGGCCAGGGAAGCAGGUUGGAACCUACCGCACAGAACAGAACGUGAGAAGGUCUCACGCAGAUGUCUGUGGCCCCAGCGCAAAGGACUUACGCCCAGCUCCUGCUCUGGCUUGGUCACUGCAGCUGAGGCCCAAUCUCCCUCCCCGACUUCUUCCCAUCCUCUCCCCACAACUGGAGUGGAGAGAGACUGACCUGCCUUUCCCAGUGGGAAGAGGUCACCCUUGAAAACCCUCUGCACAGGACGCUCUGGGUACCCACCUGCGUCCUUCGGUCUGCCGUGGAAAUCGCCUCCAGGUUUCCUUACACAAAUUGUUCCUCUCUCUGCUCAGGGAGCUACUUUCAACCAACAAGAGCCAGGAUUUGGAAAUCAAUUACUCAGCUUCUGGGAACCUCAGGAAGAAAGUCUCAAUGUGUCCCAUGUGGUCUCUCAGAAGGUCCUUAGUGCUCCUGAGCCGCUGCCCAUGGGGGUCAUCCGGGCACUGCGCUGGGGAGGGGACUGACCCUGCCUUCAGGAUUGCCCGUCUCCGAGCCUCCUGCGAUCUUCUCCCAAAUAGGUGCACCCACCUGCACCCAAGGCCCUGCAGGGACCCACACUCCAGACUCCAUGCAAAAGGGGCAGGCAAGUCCCCAGUGGAAAAUCCGGCCGCUGCAGGGUAACGGGAAUUAAUGGAGAGCCACAGACGACAGAUAAUCAUUACAUCUGCUAACGACAGCGACCAAAACUGAGUUCUAAAAGAUUUUUUUAAGUGGAAACAAAAUCAUAGAU